AUGACACACCGGUUCUUUGAGGGGAAGGAUCACGCCUCCAUCUACCAAAAGUAUCGCUUUGCACCUCCAGAUGAGGUCAAAGAUAUUAUUUUGCGAUACUUAUCAGAUAAGAAGGGACAGCCACAUGUGCUGGCAGUAGAUCUGGGAUGUGGGACAGGCCAGACCUCUCGACUAUUGGCGCCGCACUUUAAAGAAGUCGUGGGAAUUGACAUCAGUGAGUGUCAGCUGGAGGAGGCCAGAGCUGUGCCAGGGUUCCCCAACAUCGAGUACAGGAAAGGGAGAGCAGAGGAACUUCCAUUAUCUGACGGCUCUGUAGACUUGGUGACGGCAUCAGCAGCAGCCCACUGGUUUGAUCACUCAAGGUUCCUGGCCGAGGCCAAUCGGGUUCUGAAGCCCAGGGGCUGCAUUGCUCUGCUGAGUUACACUAUUCAGAACAACAGACUUUCCUACCAGAACUGUGGAGAACAACUUAACAGCCUCUAUGAAGAGGUGACACAGCUGCUGAUGCCAUACACCAGCAUCAACCCAGUAGCUCAGUGUAACAGUAAACUGGAGGAGUUAUACUCUGCCAUCCCUUUUCCAGACAAAGAACGGAUUGAAACAGAAGUGAAAUCUUUCAUCACUUUGAAAAACCUGGUGGGAUUUAUUGAGACCCUGUCCAUGUUCCAAACUUACAAGAAGAAAGACCCUCAGGCUGCUAACGACCUGCUGCUCAACACUGAGAAGAGGUUUCUGGAUGAAAUGGGAGUCACGUCUCCGGACACUGAAAUAGAGUGGACGAUGGAAUAUUUCUGUGUCCUGGCAUCUAAACCACAAUGAUCAACGCUACAGAAAAAGAAAAAGAAAAAACUGAUUCUGGGAUGUUAAAGCCUCUGAUGUAUUAAAGAGUGUUCUUAUUGAAUUUGGACAUUUCUGUGUUUUUCCCCAGUCGGAAUUCUGACU